GACGUGUCCGAAGUGUCAAAAAUAUUUGCCGAGAUUUUCCGAGAACUCAGCGGGUUGGAAUGAGAUCAGAAUGGAUCCGGACAACGAUAUUUAUGCCUUCUACGACAUAAGGGGGUACAAGGGGAAAUGUAGACCGGGCAGGCCGAACUCGGAACGAAUCCUGCAACCGCGAAUGUCACUCCUAGGAAAGCCGCUGAACUACAACCGCGGCACCCGCCGCGAUGUUCGCUACCGGCGCCUCCAGAGUCGCCUCUACAACUUCCUGGAGCGGCCGCGCGGCCUGCACGCCAUCUUCUACCAUGUGAUGGUAUUCCUGAUGGUGUUCACCUGCCUGGCGCUCAGUGUGUUUUCCACCAUCAAGGAGUACGAAGAGGACGCCGUCUACAUUCUGUUCCGCAUGGAGAUCCUGGUCGUUAUCUGGUUCACAAUGGAGUUCGGAGCUCGACUCUGGUCAUCGGGCUGCCGAUCGCGAUACCAGGGAUGCCUGGGUCGACUGAAGUUCGUGAAGCGACCAUUCUGUAUUAUAGAUAUUGUCACCAUUUUAGCCUCAAUUGUAGUAUUAGGAAUGGGCACCUCGGGCCAGGUGUUCGCCACGAGUGCUUUACGUGGCCUCCGGUUCUUUCAGAUCCUUCGGAUGGUGCGCAUGGAUCGGCGGGGCGGCACCUGGAAGCUGCUCGGUUCGGUUGUAUACGCACAUAGACAGGAGCUGAUCACAACCAUGUACAUAGGGUUCUUAGGUCUAAUCUUUGCAUCAUUCCUGGUCUAUAUGUGGGAGAAGGACGUCAAUGAUAAGUUUAGCAAUUUCGCCCAAGCCCUCUGGUGGGGUGUGAUCACACUCUGCACGGUGGGCUAUGGUGACAUGGUGCCGAUCACCUGGCAGGGCAAGCUAAUUGCCUCCUGCUGUGCCCUUCUGGGAAUAUCGUUCUUCGCAUUGCCAGCGGGCAUCCUCGGCAGCGGAUUUGCUCUGAAGGUGCAGCAGCAGCAGCGGCAGAAGCACAUGAUUCGGCGUCGCCAGCCGGCGGCCACUCUCAUCCAGGCCGUGUGGAGAUGCUAUGCGGCCGACGAGCAUUCCGUAUCGGUGGCUACGUGGAACAUCCACCGGGUGGCUCUGCCCAGUCCGCCAGCUUCACGGGCGUCAUCCAGCUUCAAGCACAACACGUCCUUCGUGGCCCGGCUGCCCACCAUCCGGAGGCACAAGAGCCAGACGAUACAGACGCCGGGCGGAGGCGACGGCGGCGGAGUGUCCAAGCCGCCGGGCUCGUCAAGGGCCUCCACGAGGUACACCCGCACCAUCCGGGACAUCAAUGCGUCCGUGGAGAAUCUGGAGGUAGUACAAAACGGCAAAUCCAUGAAUCCAAGUUUCAGCGAAGAUUCAGUUGCUGAAACCACUUGCUUAAAAAAUAUUAAAAAUUCAGACGCCAGCCAGCCCGCGACGCUGGCCAACUGCAAGCUCAGCUCGAGCGCCGGUUCCCUGGCCCAGUUUCCCGAUCGGGAUCGGGAUCGACGAGAGCAUGGCGAAGGGGAAGGGGAUCAGGCUGAGGAGCAGGCCAAGGCCGGUGGCUCCCGGAGAAAUCUCACCAUUCCGGUGGUGCUCUACGGUUUUCUGCACGGCAACUUCUUGGGCUCGACGCUUUCGCUGCGCAAUCCACGUGUGGCUCCCGCCAACGAUCGGGAUCUUGAAGCUGGCCGGGAUGAGGAUGAGAUCCACAAAGACACUUGCCAGCGGAGCAACACCUUGCCGCUGCCCGUCAAGCCAGACAGUCCCAGUGGUAGCCCGGGUAGUGGUCGUACGGGUCGGUUUUUUGCGGCCGCAUCGCAUUUUCUGGAGACCGGAUUCAGCACACCAAAUCCAACCAUCGACGUGGCAAAUGAGGAGGACGAGCCGCGCUGCACGCAGCUAACCAACCGGCACAAGACCGCCAUCAGGUUCAUACGCAAGCUCAAGUACUUUGUGGCACGGCGGAAAUUCAAGGAGGCCUUGAAACCCUACGACGUCAAGGACGUCAUGGAGCAGUACGCAGCCGGUCACGUGGACUUGUUGGGUCGCGUUAAAAUGCUACACUUGCGCUUGGAUCAAAUCCUGGGCAAACAAGGGUCCAAGGCCAAGGAUGUAUAUGCAUCCAAAAUAAGCCUAGCCUCCCGCGUGGUUAAAGUCGAGCGGCAGGUCGCUGAUAUCGAAGAGAAGCUAGACAUUCUGAUCAAGGCUUACAUGGAGGAUCGUGAUAGAUUCCUGGCUCUUCCGCUGCCAGCCAAGCCCAAAAUACAUUCCAUUAGUCCUAGCCACAAGCCCCUGCACCACGCCCACAACCUGGCGAUGAUCGACGUGUGGAAACGGACCGCGGCGCUCAGUGUGCAUCCGGAGCAGGUGACCACCACACCCUUGUUGAAUCCCUCGGCGCCGGACAGCUCCGAGCUGCGAUCCCUGACAGCCACUCAAACGCCUACCACCACAACCGAUGCGAUCGCCACACAAACCCCCAUGCCGCCGCAUAUGCAGCAUACAGCGACCAAUACAAAGUCUUCCGUGCUUAACUCAUAUCAGUUGGGGUCUGAGAAGCAGCAGCACAAUGAUGUUUUUAUGACUGAAUUAGAGAAUAGAACCAAAAAACGUGUUACGUUAAGCCUUCAUAGAUCAACAUCGGAGCCGUAUAGCAAGCAGGAGCAACGGAUCACUAUACCCGAUGAGGGAGCUGAUUCCCUGGACAGCAGUGCAAAGCCUACGCCGCCAGAUAGUUCAAUUAUAUUAAUCGACGAGUACGAGGACUUCGAAGAGGAGGAUCUUAACUGUGAGGGUGAAAUGGAUCAUUUCCCCACCUGGGAGAUCGACAGUGAUAUUGGCGUAGAAGUCGAUGUGGACGCGGAUGCCGAUGGCGACUGUGAUGAGUCCACCGAGGACACGGCACUGCUGCAGUGUGCCACGCGCACCGCCAUUGUUAUAACACCAAUUAGCCCAGUAAGCUCCGCACACAAUCUUCAGCAAUUAAAUGACCAAACUACAACGCUUAAUAAAUCAAAUUUGCUUCCGCCAGACUCUGGCUAGUUAAUUGCAAUUGAAAUUAGCUAAACGUAGCCAUUACAUUAUCACUAGAAUUAUAUAUUAUAUACUAUGGAAUGCAUAUUAAUGUCAUUUUGGGGCAUCAUUUGUGUUCAAUUAAUUGGUAGCAAACAAAUGAAAAUCAAACUAAAUAAAUCUGUUUUAGCAGCAAAUCUUACAUUACCGAAA